AAUUUACUAUCGCUCGUGAGAUUCGCCAGGUUGAAAAUUUUUCGUCGUACUCUCGGAACAACAAAGUCUAUAUGCAAUUUUUCAUGUCCAAAAACAAAAACAGCGACAAGUCGUCAGACAGCAGCAACAUGUCCGCCUACAAGCUGGAGACCGCCCCCUUUGACCCCCGCUUCCCUAACCAGAACGUGACCCGGUACUGCUACCAGUCGUACAUCGACUUCCACCGCUGCCAGAAGAAGCGCGGCGAGGACUUCGCCCCCUGCAACUACUUCCAGAAGGUGUACAAGUCGAUGUGCCCCAACGCCUGGGUGGAGAAGUGGGACGAGCAGCGCGAGAGCGGCACAUUCCCGGGCCGCAUCUAAGCCCGGCCAGCAGCGCACGCCUCCCUAGCCAUCCUAAGAACACCAAACGAGACGAAGGCGACCGGAGAUGAUGAUGGAGAUGGGCUGGGUGGACUGGGCGUGGGACGACGUGUUGGUGGAGUUGGAGGUAGCAGCCGAGGGCCGGAGGCAUCCCCUCUAGCAUCAGGAUCUGGCAGUUGUAACAAUUUCUAAAGUGAACAGGUUCAUGUUUGUGCUUUCCCGCGGUGCGGUGAGUGAAGACCAUCCUCUCACCCACCCAUCGUCAAAUACAAAUACACGAUUGUUCAAUUCCCUGAAUUCUGAAUCGAGCGUUUCUUUCUUCAUAAUUCUCUUGGGCGAGCGCUCCAGGAGACCGGAACCAGUACCAGUCCAGGCCGCACCUAAAUUUUCAAAUCCGGAUUCAGAUCCGCGCAACUGUAUUCCGAUGUGUUAAUUAAUAAUAAAAUAUUAGUCACGACA